CGCUUGGCCCCUGCGGGCCGCCGUCGCCGCCCCGGCAUUCAGCCACCUCUCGGGCAGGCGGCGUCGGGCUGCCGAGGCUCUCUGUGGCGCGGUAGUUGGACUCCCCGGGCGCCCGCUGGCCGGCGGCGGCGGCGGCGAUGGCCUCCUGAGCGGGCCGGGAGCCGGCAGCUGUGGGCGGGCGGACGCCGCUGCCUGGGCGGGCGGAGGCCGGGUCGCGGCCUCUUUGUCUCGGGCGGCGGGCGGCGGGCGCGUCCCCGGGACUCCAGGGCGGAAGUCCCGACCGGCUCCCGGCGCUGCGGCCACAGGCGGCGGCACCAUGAGCGACAUCCGCCACUCGCUGCUGCGCCGCGACGCGCUCAGCGCCGCCAAGGAGGUGCUCUACCACCUGGACAUCUACUUCAGCAGUCAGCUGCAGAGCGCGCCGCUGCCCAUCGUGGACAAGGGCCCCGUGGAGCUGCUGGAGGAGUUCGUGUUCCAGGUGCCCAAGGAGCGCGGCGCGCAGCCCAAGAGACUGAAUUCACUCCAGGAACUUCAGCUUCUUGAAAUCAUGUGCAAUUAUUUCCAGGAGCAAACCAAGGAUUCUGUCCGGCAGAUUAUUUUCUCAUCCCUUUUCAGUCCCCAGGGGAACAAAGCCGAUGACAGCCGGAUGGGCUUGUUGGGAAAACUGGUCUCCAUGGCAGUGGCUGUGUGUCGAGUCCCAGUGUUGGAGUGUGCGGCCUCCUGGCUCCAGCGGACGCCUGUGGUUUACUGUGUGAGGUUAGCCAGGGCCCUCGUGGAUGACUACUGCUGUUUGGUGCCGGGAUCCGUUCAGACGCUGAAGCAGAUAUUCAGUGCCAGCCCUCGCUUCUGCUGCCAGUUCAUAACGUCCGUCACUGCGCUUUAUGACCUGUCAUCAGAUGAUCUCAUCCCACCUUUGGACUUGCUCGAAAUGAUAGUCACCUGGAUUUUUGAGGACCCCAGGUUGAUUCUCAUCACUUUUUUAAAUACCCCGAUCGCAGCCAAUCUCCCCAUCGGGUUUUUAGAGCUCACCCCGCUCACGGGGCUGGUCCGCUGGUGUGUGAAGGCCCCGCUGGCCUAUAAAAGGAAGAAUAAGCUCGCCAUGGCCAACGGCCACAUCAGCAGCAAAGUGGCCAAGGACUCGGGCGCGGGACUGGACCUGGACGCCCACAUCUGGUACUCGAAGCUCCACCUCAGCGUCCUGCAGGUUCUCAUGAUGCUCCAGGGGCACUUAACUGAGAAGAACCUGUACGGGCGCCUGGGGCUGGUCCCGUUUGACCACAUGGUCCCCCUGGUGGAGGAGAUCAGCCGGCUGGCAGAUGAACUGAACCCCCUCAACGCCUGCCGGGAGAUCGAGCUCUCGCUGGACCGGCUCGCCCAGGCCCUGCAGGUGGCCAUGGCCUCCGGCGCCCUGCUGUGCACAAGAGAUGACCUGAGGACGCUGUGCUCCAGGCUGCCCCAUAAUAACCUGCUCCAGCUGGUGAUCUCCGGCCCGGUGCAGCAGUCGCCCCACACGGCACUUCCCCCCGGGUUUUACCCCCACAUCCAUACCCCUCCGCUCGGCUACGGGGCCGUGCCACCCCACCCUGCUGCCCACGCUGCCCUGCCCACCCAUCCCGGGCACACCUUCCUCUCGGGCGUGACAUUUCCAUUCAGGCCCAUCCGCUAGGCCCCGUGGCCUUGUGCCUUCUGCACCUGGCAUGAGGGCGCCUCCCUGAAGAGGACCCGGGGAGCCCCUGUGCCCUCCCCACCCGCAGGACCGAAUCGGUACAGAAGCUCUGAGCUGCCGCCACCCAGGCGCCUCCUGCCUGGCCACAGUCUCGAAGGUGCAGAAGGGAAGCACACAGCCCUCUGCAGAGUGAUGGGGCCUUUUAACGCCCACCAGUUCCACGAGCUGAGACCCACAGCCUUGGAGCCUACGAUGGAGUGACCCUGGCACAAGAAGCAGGCUUCCGAGUCCAUUUGUCUGGCUUCUUCCUCAGGAAUGUGGCUCGUCCCUGUAAUAAAUACAGGCGACUUGCAGCUCCGUGAGCUCCAAGCUGACGUGUGUGAUUGCAAGUUGCAUACCCAGCACUUGGCCCUGGCCAGGGGACCUGCCGGGAGGGGCCCAGCCACCUAGGAAAGGGACUUCUGUUUUAUGGAGGCUUCUAAAUUUUCCUUUCAUAUGUUCAAAUAAAUUUUUUUCUAAACAAA